AAGCCAUCGGCAACUUUGCUGUGUUUCGCUGUUCUUCACUUCACAUCUGCUUAGAUUUCUCCCUCGUUGGAAAAGAAAAAAACCCUCCAAAUUCUUCUCUGAAAACCCUAAUUUCUCCGAUGUCGAUCUUCGAGUACAAUGGAAGUGCCCUAGUGGCUAUGGUCGGGAAGAACUGCUUCGCCAUCGCCAGUGAUCGGAGGCUCGGUGUCCAGCUUCAGACCAUCGCCACCGAUUUCCAGAGAAUCUACAAGAUCCACGACCGUGUCUUCAUCGGCCUCUCCGGCCUCGCCACGGAUGUCCAGACAUUGUACCAGCGACUUGUGUUCCGCCAUAAGCUAUACCAGCUUCGGGAAGAGAGAGACAUGAAGCCUGAAACUUUCGCCAGCCUUGUUUCCGCAAUUCUCUAUGAGAAGAGAUUUGGACCAUACUUAUGCCAACCUGUGAUUGCUGGAUUGGGAGAAGAUGAUAAGCCCUUCAUCUGCACUAUGGAUUCCAUUGGAGCCAAGGAGCUAGCUAAAGAUUUUGUAGUUUCUGGAACUGCUUCUGAAUCACUUUAUGGAGCCUGUGAAGCAAUGUACAAACCCGAUAUGGAGCCCGAGGAAUUGUUCGAGACAAUCUCACAAGCACUUCUCUCAUCCGUCGACCGUGACUGUCUGAGUGGAUGGGGAGGGCAUGUCUACGUUGUAACGCCAACUGAAGUUAGGGAACGAAUCCUGAAGGGAAGAAUGGAUUGAUCCGAUCCGAUCUUUGGUAUCGUCUGCCCCGAGUUCAUUUCUAAAUCUGAUUAUAUAUCGCAGAACCCUUCUCCGCGAAUAGUUGUGAAAUUCAGUUUCCAGCAGAUAUCAUGUUCUGGAUUGUGGAUAAGUUUGAUGCAGAUCCGGAAUGUUGUUUUUUUACCUUGAAAAGGGAUGAGAUGAAGAACAUAACACUUGUGCCCA